UCUUGACUUAAGUGGGAUUAAACUAUAGGUAAAAUCAGUGAGAGUUGCGGCGCUGUGAGAUGAUUGUAAACCCAGAAACAGCUUUAAAUGAAACAUCAAAACAUGAGAAGAUGGGUAGAAGGUGUCAUUUCCGAAGGUCUCUUCGAGGGUUAAUGAUUUGGGGGGCUUGGCUGACCAUUAUAUUCGUAUUGACUUGUUCCUACUUCAUGGCUGACAAAACAAGCAAGCUACAUCGGUAUACUCUGGAGAAAAUACCUUUCAGAAAACUAAGCGAAGAAGCAGUCACAAGGGCAUCGCCCAAGUAUCCCCUAACUGAUCCACACGGCCCGCCCUUUGCGGGCACCCAAGGGACAAAGGUGGAGAGUCAUCCAGAAUUCUAUAACCGAUACUGGCCGGUAAAUUGUAGUGCAGUCUUUGAGGAAGAUUUACAGGAGAUCGCACGUGUGGACGCUAUGCUAGAGAAGGAGAGGCAGAAGUCAAAAAAGGGUGAAAUCGACAUUGCGUCGGAUGCUUUGGUCGCAAACUUUACCCAAGAUUGCGAAUAUUAUAGGAAAAUCCGAGGUUACCCAACAAAAGUACUAAGUAAGGAGGAAGAGGAGUUUCCGCUUGCGUUUAUUAUCCUUACCCACAAGAAUGCUGCACAGGUGGAACUGCUUUUCCGUGCUAUUUACCAACCCCAUAAUGUAUAUGCCUUCCAUCCAGAUGGCAACUCGCCACCAGAAUUUCAAAGAGCUAUAAGAAACAUGGCAAGUUGCUUUGACAAUGUGUUCGUUUGUUCCAAAUUAGAAAAGGUACAGUAUGCCGGUUUCACGCGCCUCCUUGCAGAUAUCAACUGCAUGCACGACCUGGUCAAUCAUUCUGUGCAGUGGAAGUAUGUCAUCAACCAGUGCGGGGAAGCAUUUCCACUGAAGACCAAUCUGGAGAUGGCCAAGAUGAUCAAGGCUUACCACGGCCGCGUGGAUGCUGAAUCAAACGACCAACCCCUCAAACUAUCCAGGUUUCACAAGCUCUCCUCCAGAUACACCUCCUUUAAGAAAACUGAAGACAGACUGAAUCGCUACCCGCCACCAGGAAACAUCACGCUGCACUCUGGGAACGCCUACAACACUCUCAGCAGAGAGUUUGUCGACUACGUUUUGACGGACAAGGAAGCUGUUCAAUUCCUGAGUUGGAUCAACAUGACGUAUUCCCCCGAUGAACACUUCAUGGCGAGCCUCCGUCGCUACCACAAUGCACCCGGAUCAUAUCCUAACGUCACGCUAUCAAAGGAUAUCAACACCAGCUUCGUCAAAUGGAGCUGGGGGAAGGCGAGUAAAGAAUGCGUCGGCAAGUAUGUCAGAGGUAUCUGUGUGAUAUCGACAGGAUACCUACCCUAUGUGUCCCGCGUGCCCAACCUAUUUGUCAACAAAAUACAUUACUCUUAUGAUCCAGUCACGAUACAGUGCAUGCAAGAACUUCUGACGAACAGAACUAGGAAUCCGCAGCUCACGCGUCAAUAUUACAAAGAAUUCCCGCCCAAACGUGCUUGGUACUAAAUGGGGAGGAAGAAAAAAAGGUAUUCACAAUAUUUUGGCGCUCAUCGGGAAUACGUUUAGUCCUUUGAUAUUUUAUUUUGCCUUCGUAAACACGCGCAUUCCAGCCUGAGGACAAAAUUUUUGUUCGUCAAAUUGCAAUAAUGUACUCUGUACUCUGUACAUUUAAAAUCAUUUAAAGACAGUCAGAAAGAUAUAUAUAGAGAGAGAGAGAGAAGAGAGAGAGAGAGAGAAGGAGAAGAGAGAGAGAGAGAGAGAGAGAGAGAGGGUACAUUCAUGAUGAAUGUGGAUGUUUGUGCUUCCAUGGUAUGCGGUAAAGGAAACUUAUCAUAAUUUUGUCGAGGCAAUAAUUACAAUCAAAUCAUCAUAAUAUGUAGUAUGUCAAUGGAAAAGAAAGCACAAUGUUUGACACUACCUGAUUUUGACUGAUGUUUAAUCUGAAUACAAUUGUAUCUCAGAUAAUGUUGUUUGUACUUUUUGUGGAUCAGUACCUGUAGCGGUUCUAGAUUGAUUUGUCUUGAUAAUGAAUUUAUGCGAGGCACAUGACCUUGUAAAAAUAAAUGCAAGAACCCCCUAAGUUAGUGGCAGAUGAAAGGGGAGGGGGGCUAUCACCGUAUUCCCUUUAGAAACAUGAGCCAUAUACAUUCAUUCAUUUCACAACUCAAGAAUGUUCAGGUGG